GUUUUACAGCGGUGCAUGAUGGUCAUUGUAGUUUGAGCGCAGGGCAGUGGUUGUUUGUUUACUCAGCGGGUCGAAGCGGACCCUCCUCUGUUGUGCUGUGUGCGGCAGCUACAGAGCUUGUACUCAGUUUUAAUCUAUCCAUCCAUCAAUUUGUAAAUAUGAAGUACUGAGUAUCUGUUAUAUUAUCGUCGUGUACGCCGCCGCCUUCUGGGGCAAGGAUGAGGGACCUUCAGAGCAUUGACAGCUUGCUCUUGCAAGAGCUGAGGUCAUGUUGUGCUCUAGAGUACAACUUUCUUCCCAGGGAAACUGGCCUGAAGAUGAUUGAGUCUGCUCCCACAGAGAAUUACAAUGGAGUAUCAGCAAAAUGCAGAGAUGCCAAGGUGGAGGAAUUGUGGGGUCUCACCAACUUCUUUGGCUACAGCACCCAGACUUUUGUUCAAGCUGUCAGUCUUCUGGACAGAUUCCUCACCGUUAUGAAGGUGCAGCCCAAACACUUGCCCUGCAUUGGAGUCUGCUGUCUCCACAUUGCAGCCAAAAUGGUUGAGGAGGAGUGCAAUAUCUCACCCACCCAUGAACUCAUUCGCAUCAGCCAAAGCAAGUUCACUGUCUCUGACCUCUGUCGUAUGGAGAAGAUCAUCUCAGAGAAGCUCAGCCUGGAGCCCAAAGCCGUCACAGCCUUAACCUUUAUACACCUCUACCACUCAGCCUUCACAUCCCUGUCCAUCGAAAGGGAGGAGAUCCCAAGCAUUGGGAGACUGGAAGCCCAGCUAAAAGCCUGCUUAUGCCGCCUUGUUUUCUCUAAGGCAAAACCAUCAGUGCUGGCAUUGUCCCUCAUUGCUCAGGAGUUUGAAGCCCUUCGGUCCAUCAACAUGUUGAAGAUUAUACAGCAAUUCCAAAGACACCUAAAGAUCAGUGACAGCGAGCUGCUUCACUGGAGAGACCUUGUGGCCAAGUGCAUGACUGAGUACUGCUCAAGUGAAUGUAAUAAACCAGACAACAAAAAGCUCGUUUGGAUUGUGUCCAGGCGAACAGCACAGAACCUGCAGGCCAAUCACUUCAGUGUUCCUGGCCUUCCUACCAUUCCAGAGGGGAGCUGGGAUGAGAGCGAGAGUGAGGACUCCUGUGAGGACAUGAGCUGCGAAGAGGACAGCCCAUGUGGCUCUCCAGGCAGUGAUGGAGAAGGAGCGUUUUUCCCCUGCGUCCUCCACAAAGCCAGAAAGUGAUGCGCCCCUCGCUGUCUGUAGUGAUGGACGUGCAGCUGUCCCCUCAGUUGUAACAGCUCUAAUGUGGUCCCCAUUUUUCAGAGCAAACUGUUUCCUUUUACUUAACCAUAUCAUAUGCACCGUAAGGAUGCUAGGCAACAGGUCUGGGUCAUCAAGUGCCUGUGUUAAUCCAGUUUACUGUUUGCGCUUUCUUUUUCAAAACCUCAUUGUAAUCACAUAAAAAUGAAAAUUGCAAUAUUCUGGCAGCUUGAUGGCAAUACGUCUGAAUGUCUUUUUUUUUUUUUUUUUUUUUAAAGAUGAUCAGUGUGUCAGUCUGUGUUCAAGCUUGACACAUUCCUGGAAACUUACUAAAGCACAAAGGAAACAGUUCUCUUAUAGAUGUCAGUCAUAAGGUACACCAACUGUUAAAUACUAGCAUAUCCUCAGUCUUUUUUUAUCUAACAGUUUUUAUACUUAAGGUGAUACAUAUUGUGCAAAUUUGUGUAAUACCUACAAAAUCUUAAUGCGACGUAAUACGAGAUUGUAGUGUGACUUUACAGGACUGUAUAUGCAUGAAGACAUCGAUGGAAGUAUGUGAUUGUGAAUGGACAUUGUUCAUGUUAUGCCAGAUAGCUUACUGUAAAAAUAUUUUCAAAAAGUGUAAAAAAAUGUACAUAACAUGUUAAAAAAAAGAGGAAAAAAAUAUAUGUUUUGUGAAUACUAUAUAUGUUGUGUUGUGUAUCAACAUAAUGUAACAAAUGAAUAUCCCUCCAAAUAAAAACCUCCCUUUUUA